AUGCCGUCAUGUUCUUCAAUAUUUCAUGACCUCACCUUCAGCACAGGAAUUACUAUCUUCAGGCAGAGAGAGGCUCAUGAUGAUUCCACUCAAACCGAAAGUAAAGGCGAAAGGACCAAUGAAAAGCUUACCGUCGGGAGUGUUAGCACCGAAAAGCUUGGCAACGAAACCGUUAAAAGUGCCUGCGAAGCGGGAUCCUCAGCUAUUGGAAGUCGGCCAGCUUUGGAUGAAUCAUGGCGAGAGUUCUGCGAAAUGACUACGAUUGAUUUCUCGACAUAUAGCACAUUAAUCCAAGAGUCAAUCGACCAAGGAAAAUUUAAUAAGUUGGCUAGGCUCCUCACUGCCGCACUGCGGACAUUCAUUGACAAGCGGGCAGAUCAAAGCAAAUUUUGUGUUGAAUAUCAACUGCUCACCAUUGUAGCUGUUACUAUAAAAGAACACAAUGAGAAGAUCCAGCACGUAGCGCUACAAAAAUGUCUCCUGAAUCUAAUGUGUCGUAUGAAACCAAUGAAUGCUGAAAGACAAGCGCUGCUGUCAGCGCUGACGGUUGCAUUGGCUAAUGGGCAAGCAACAUGGGACUCUUAUUAUGUAACAGCAUUCAUGCACGAUUCAUUAGGAGAGCGGAAUUGGGUGUUCAAGUCUCCGUCAUCAUCCAUUUCUGCCCAAAUUAUGAAGUCAUUUGGAACUAUCUACCCAACUAAAGACAUGUUAGCCGCGUGUCAUCUCGAAUUGGAUCUAGAUUUUAUGCCGGACGGCUUAAAUCUUUGUGUUGAUCGAUAUCCGUCUACUGCAGCCAAGGAGGAAAUAGCAACGAUUGCAUUGAAUGCCCUGACUCCGUGGUGGGAACUGCGAGCUGACACGACACCUGUUCAUUUUCUUCGUGUUGUAGCUCCUCUGCUUGCGCUCCCAGAUGUAAGAUUCAACGUCGUUAAGCGAAUUGACGGAUGGUUACAGCAUGUCAAGGUUACGUCAGUUUUUACUGUGUCGUUACGUGAAAUGCUGGUUCGCCAAGACGACUGCAAUAUGCGAACUGCUAUUCGACUGUUGCUGGAAAAUGAAUUUGGUCACGUUAUGUCGAGACAUCCUCACAAUGUCUCUAUACUAACAAAUUUGUUCCAGUUUGAUCGAGCAAGGGCAGCAGAAAUUUUCGGUGAGGAAAUUUCGGAAAUGAUAAUGGCCCGAGAGGAGUAUUGCAAGCCCGUGCGACUGCUUUUACGCGAAGUGAUUCGAUUCUUUCAACGAAACGAGUUUCCGUUUUACAUAUUAGCUAACAGCUAUCUCUGUACGAUUGUUGACGAGGUUGCAAAAAGUGAACACGGAAUACAGGAUCAUGUGUUCCGCUGUGCUUCUGAACUCUUGAGCGCCGUCACCCUAAUGUCAAUCAGUGUCUCUGUGCGCGAAGCGUUCAACGCUCGUCGAUCGGGCACAAACUACACCCCAGAUCUGGUAGUCGUGCAUGAUCGAUGGUUGCAAGGUGCUCGUCACAUAUUCCCCUCGGCUCGAGAGUACCUGCAGGCAUAUCACAAGCUUCUGUUCAUGGAACGUAUUCUUGGUGACCACAUAACCAUGUUGGACAAUCAAGAGGCUAUACGUCUCAUAGAAGGCUUGACUAAGCGGGCUGUCGAAAAUCGUGUGUUUGCAGAUGCUGAUCUUCCUCUAAUAACGUUGUCAAAUCCCGUCCAGCUGAUCGACCGGUUAUUUCAGCUUAGUAGUUAUCGACCACCAGGUGGUACUGCGCCGGAAGAGUUCAGCUCAUUUGCUGUCAAGAAGUACUAUUGGAAGUCGUGGUAUAUUGUUAUGAUGUGGUCCUGUGCAGGGAAAGUCGGUGAGGAAAUGGAGAAAAUCUAUUCCAUUUAUCCGCAGCUUCGGCUCUUUAUUCACAUGAUUCUUGUAAAGUCGUUUCGUUUUCCUCUAGAGUUUGAAGGAAAAACACCUGAGGAAUGGGAAGAAAUAGAGACAAAGACGAUAGAGAGGGAGAAGGAGGCAAUUAUGAAUUUGGAGACUUUUCUCACAAAACAGGGUGUUGAUGAAGAAAAUUCGAAGUUAAUCGGAACGGUUUGCUUCAACCAACCGAGAGAAUUACCACGUAGACCACCUGAACAGUUUAUUCGAAAGUUGGAGACGUUAGCAGUGGAUUGUAGUAUGGCAUCACGACUUUGCGAGUGUCGCCAGCCAGACAUGGUAGAUCAGCUGGUUCGGAAUGUUGGACCGUCAAAGGCAAUGCCUGCAAUUCAAGAGCUGUUUACAAUGAAUGCGUCGGCGAUAGAGGCGAUGCCGGUGUCAACCCUCUGUCAAUUUCUUCAGUACGACCUACAACGUCGAAAAGUCGCUAAAACCGACGACGCCAACGUUGUUCACACGAUAGUUUCUCGUGUACGUGCUGCUUUUGCUAAUGAUGCUGUGCAAGAUGACUGCAUCAACGCAGUGUUGUUCCUUCUCGAUCGACGCACGGCAUUCAGCGUUCGGGAACGUCUGGGAGCAAAACUAGUAUUAACUAAUUUGUUUACGAAUCCAGACGAAGUUAUGGACUCGAAUCAAGGUGCAGAAGGUGUAUGGAUGGAGGGAUUACGGCAAACAUCGUUUUACCCGAAAAUAGCGUCGUCUUUGGUAACUCACCUGGCUAGGGCUGCACUCGAUUCUGAAGGCGAACAACUUAAUUGUUUACUAACAGCGAUUCGAGACCAAAUGGACGUGGAUAAUAUGCAUCAGUUAUCCGUGCUUUUUCCUGCCUUGGUGGAAAAAUUUGGUAAGAUCAACGAAAUGAAAACAUCGCCACUGCUGGACGUGUUUUUGCGUUAUAUGGAGACCUGUGCUGUUGCACCUGAUGUUUGGCCCAUGAAUUUUUCUCGAGAUUGCGGACAAAAGCCAGUUUUGAAAUAUCUUGUUACAAUACCUACUAAAAAGGCGCAGAUGCUAAUGACGGCGGAUGCCGUGGAAGCAUUAUUAAAGUUGCUCUGUUAUGCGUCGGGAAAUCAAACAAGAUCAUACAAAACACUUGCUGAGGUGUGGUUGUCAGAUAAGCACAAAAUGCCUAAAGUGUUAUGCGAUGGUAGCGAGAUUGAUCUGCUAACUCCUAAAUUAAGAGCUUUUAUGCUUGAGUUCGAUAAUGAGAAAAUUGUAAAGAUUGCGAUGGGAGAUCUGGAUGCGCAGUCGGCAUUAAAAGUCGCGUGUGAGUUGAGUGCUAUACGACCAGAGCAUGCUUCUCGUCUACUAGAAAUUGCGUGCGGAAAUCGUGAACUCCGCAAAAGUGACGUUAUGUCACUGGAUAAGACGGCUAGAAUAAUGCUAAACAUACACAGUAUUAAUGGCAUCAAACAUGCACAACAGGUAAUAUCACUUCUCGAUGAUAUCCAAAGAUGUAAUGAAGAGAAAAUGGAAAUCAGCGCUUUCCAUACUUCACCUACAAAACCCACUGUUAUCGCUGAGAGAACUCCAACGAAACCAAUGACGCGAGUUGAAAUGCUCCAUUAUUUGAAAGCAGCUACGAUAUCAGGUGCUCCAUUCGUGCUCGACUGGGAUAUUUGGCGUGAUACACAAGCAGCUGAAGAUGUCGCUAUGGCUGUGGUAGAACAUUUAGAAGGAAAUCUGAAAUUCUUUCUUGGCGACCGUGAUGCGUUUAAUUUAAUUUUUGCUGUAUUAGGACCAUGUGCGAAGAAGUUUCCUGCUGUGAAAAGCCGGUUAUCCACGUUUUCUGCAAAAGUGCUUAAAAGUGCCGCCACAUCUUCGGCGAUUGAAGGUCAUUUGCGGCAAUAUGUACCCAAUGCACCUCAACCCGUGAAUCAGAAAAUGAAGGAGUUAACUGAGGAGGAAAUGUUGCGAGCGCUCCAUAAUAGAGUGCUACCACCUGGUUACAGCCGAGCUUUGCUGCUCAGUAGGUUUCUGCAGCGGCGUGAGGAGAUCUUCUCGGCAAUAUCCGAUCCCGCAGAGCUAGAUUUGCAGAUGUUGGUAAUUUUUGGUGAUCCUGGAAUAGAUGAGCUGGUAGCACAGAUGCCACUACGAUGUCCGUUAAAGACGAUUGAGAUUGUGUUCAAUAAAUUACUUUCCUCAUUUAAUCCGAGAUUCAAUUCACAAAUAGUAUGCACAUUCUUUAUGCUGAAUUCAAUUCGCGAAUUUUGCCGUGUAUGGACUGUCCAGCAGUGGAGCUGUCUGGCCCAGUAUUUGGUGGACAUGGUCGUCCGCAAUCCGGAACGCAUAAAAACUGCAGUCGAUCUUAUUGAUCACCUGAAAUUUUGGUACGAUGACGCAACAAAUACCCCUACUCACAAGGAUGCCGUCGACAUUAAAAAAGGUCUAGUUGUCUUACUAUGUUUUUCAAUUGACAUAUAUAGUGGAAGUCUGAUUGGAAAAGGGUCGGAAAAAUCCAUGGCUCCGUGGCUUCAAAAAGGAAGCGUUAAUCUGCAUGUACUUGAGAGAUUGCUAGAGUUGCAGUCAGGUUUACGAAUGUUGCAUCCCAAACUGGGUCCGAAAGGACAAGAAAUAGUGCCAUUUGUUUCGUUCGUUCUCGAUGCUACCUUGAAACUUUUGCCAUUAAUGCGUGAACCAUCGUAUUGUUGCGUACUCGGCAAUGCCAUUCACGCGUUUCUUUCUUUUUUUGAGACGAUCUCACAUUCGGAAGUGGCGGUGUACUUUUGUGAAAGACUAUUAGCGCUAUGCAUGAAAUUCUUUAGUGAACAUACAGACACAGCGAGAGAAGUGUUCAGUGACCGUUCUGAUGUUCUUGAAAUGUUGGUACAGAAAGUCGAACCUGGAAACCCAAUCAAGCAGAUGAUGCAAGAACUUCUUCGAGAAGCAGAUAUGGAGACGACAUGA